CUCUGACCACGCUGCUUAUGAAAGAAGAGCAGUGACCACCUCUUGUUGACUUCACAAGACGAUCGUAUUCCAUCUGCAAAAGACCAUUUCUCCACCUCACUCACCUGCGCUGAUACAUAACACAUUUCGCAUCGACCAUCUCGUUGCCGUAACGUCCCUAGACCUCGCCGAUCGGAACACUUACACCGCGCCGUUGCGACCGCCCUGGCCCGCGCGACAUGGAGGCGAACACACCUUCACGCACCGACGAGGCCGACUCCAGAAGCACUUUGCGACACAUUCUCGCACCAGAUUCCGCCAUGGAAGAUUCUAAACGCUCAUCGUCGCGAGUCAACACUCCCGGCGCAGAUGAGAGCGAAGCUGCACAGGAUGCAGAUGGUACAAAGACUGCGACCGAUGGAGAGCCUGGCAAAUCUUCAUACACCGCGACGACCACCACGACAAGGCGCAAUGCUAACGGCAGCGUGUCAUCUGUAUAUUCUGGGAACAAGAUCCGACAUUUAAAAAAGGAUGAUGGCAUUCCGCUGUGGAGGAAGGACAUACAAUACGAUUUCCUGCGUUACGUCUUCGAGGAUACGCAGCGCGUCUUCCACAAGCACAAUUCAGAUGAACCCCCAGAGGAAUUAUUCACAUUUGCGGACAUAUAUCUAGAUGCGAUGGCAAAAAGCAGCAAGUGUAGCAAGAUUUUGAAGGACAAGCUAUUGUCGGAACGGCCUGCUGCUGUGAACAUGGCCAUGGUUUGUCUGCUGGUCAACGUAGGGCGCAUGAAUACCACACUCAACUUUUUCCCCGAGAUGCGAGCACAAUUGCGGACAUACCACUCCAUCCCCUCCCUCCAAGCCCAUCAAGAUCCGAAUGCCUACAAACAGCUCCAAGAUGCACCAAGGUUGAAGUCCAUCCUCAAAGGCGCAACCGAAGAUCACGAGCAGCCGAGCACUAUCGAAGAUAUCAGGAAAACCGCUAUCCCGCGAACGAAUCCGGUGAACUUGAUCUUCGUACUGUCGCAGUACGCACCUAAGAUCUCCGAGCUUCACUUCUUCCCUCCACGCGACUUCUUCGACCUCGUCAUGCGGCCCAAUCUCAGCAGCAGGAGCAGAGCUACUGCAUUCCUAUGGUUGAUGUGGUGGUACCUAGAAAGCGACUUCACCGAGCACGCCGCACUGAACAACCCUUUCGGUGCAGGGCAGUAUCCGAACGAGGGAGAACCCGGCCCCGGGGAUUUCCCCCAAAAGUGCCCGCCCUUUGAGUUCUUGACACCAGAAAUGGAGGCAUUGGAGAACGUUGAUACCGUGGAUGAGAAGAACUUCGGAGAAAUCAAACGCAAGGAGCGAAUUGCCAUCCUUGCGAGCGAUAUGGCACCUGUUGUGACGGGACCGAAGCGAACAAGCAAGAAAGCAUUCAACCAAAAUCCUGUAUUCUCAGUCCUUGCCGACGAUGGUGCAUCCACUCCAGGGAAAGAUAGGCAGUCACCCUCUCAUGGAUCAGGGAGAGGCCGAGGCAAACUUGCAAAGUCGCUCAUCGAAAGAGACUAUCCAUCAGAUACCGACCGCACACGAUCAGCUUCGCCACCGGGCAGCGUUUACAACACAGCCAAAAAGGGCACUCCAAAUAUGCGUAUCAACACACUUCUCAACGAAGACGGGCCUUCAUCCUCACCGGCACCGAAGGGACCAGGCCGAGGAAAUUGGUCACGCAAUCGCAAUAAUGGACCUCGUAGCCUCAAAAACAAGAUAGAAGUGCAAGUUGCUUCACAAGACGGCCAGUCCCCCGCCACUAGCCAAGCUCCUACGGUCCAUGGCUUCUACUUGCCUCUCAACGGAGCCGAUCCUAGUCACAAACGCAGCCGCCCAUUGACCCAGCAUCAGCUAGCCGUGGAGCAGUAUCGUCGCCGCCGCGUCGAGGUGAUACUAGACCGCAAGAUUCGAGUUGAGUACAAGCGAGCAGAGAAACGGCGUCGCAAGGAGGGGGCCUUGAUGCGCGCCUGGAUCCGCUGCAAAGGCAUGUCACCAGGCUACGAUACCGACGACGAAGACAACAUCCUGGCCAUUCAGAAACAGGAUGCCGAAUUGGGUACGAAGACACCGCCUCCCAUGUUCGCCGGUCUCGUUCCCAUCGACUACUCCGGCGAGGUCAACGACCAUGGCGAGGAAAGCUACUACCGCUCGAAGAUGUAUACUCGCGCACUGAGGAGACUCGAGCGCUGGGAUGGCGGUAAGGAUAUCGUACGAACGAAAUCCAAGGGCAAGAAAGACGUCGCCUGGAAAGAGCGCAACGGAGCCAAUGGAAACGCCGCCGAAGAGGUCGAAACUCUUGAGAGGGAUGACGAAUUUGCCGACGAGGAUGAGGAGAUGGCUGAUGUGGACGAGAGGCGAGAAGACGAGGCCGACACCGAUGAGGACGACGAGAUGUACGAUCGAAACACCCUGCCGCCCCUCAGUAGCCUCGGCGCCCCGUGAACGGAUUAAUCACAGUGGUAGUGGUUUGGGUCUCUUGAAUCGGGUUUCUUACCCUUGGAAAGGAGUAAAGGGAGGGGCCGCUAACUUUUGGCGUGGGAUUCUGCGAAAGGAAUUUGUAUGAUUAAUUAACAAAGUCUUCAAUUCGUGUCUUUGUGUCAGCAAGCGAUCUCUUUCAUUAGACAGUAUCAAUCAAUCACUGUACUGGC